CAGGUUAUCUGUCAAAGUCAAUAGAAAUACGUCAUUUUUCUGUAAAAAUUCCUAGAAACAUUUCAGUAAUGGAAUCUUCCCCUAAGCCCACAGUUACGUUCGACAGUAACGAUCAAAUUUUCAACACAGACUCUACAGAAGAUCUGGAGAAUUACGAUGAGGACAUUACCCAAACAGAAACUCGCACUUUGAAUCUAUCGAAAACCUCCAGCGUCGUAAGGUCAGAUGGAGGAGAUAUGAACAGUAUAUCAUCAAUCAGUACCAGCAUCUUGGACGAUGUGGAAGAAGUGAGGUUACUUAAAAGAAGAGUGGCUGAGGCAGAGGAAAAAUGUAAGUUGUUAGAGUUUGAAGUGGAGCGGAGCAACUGCUGCCUGAUCAACGAAAGGAAUCGUAAUGCGAAACUGGAGAAAAAACUGCAAUUUGUGAAAGAUAAUCAGGAAGUCUUCAUCCGCUUGAAAGAAGCGUACAUCAACAUGAAAUAUAAUGAAGCAGCAGGAAGAAAGAUGAUCGAAAUAAGAGAAAAGGGACUGCAAACUUGGGAGGGGAUCUUGUGCAGGGGAUGUAUAGAAGCAGAGGAGCUGAGGAGGCAGAUGGAGACUGUGAAAGAAAAGUAUAAGGAUUCCUGUAUUGUUGCUCCGUUCGAAGUCGAGCAACUUGUUAACACCGUAAAAUACCUCAAGGAUUUAAUAGAUCGCAGAGAAAAAUCUUGGGCUUUCAAUGCUGAUAGAGACAAUAAACUUCAAACUCAUAUCAAGACUCUCGAAAUGGAAAAUUCAGCCCUUAGGGAUUUGAUCCAGAACAGAGACAUUUAUUUAGAGGAUAACCAAAAUGAGGAUGGAAUGAAUCAAAGUGAAAUGAUGACUAUUAGAGCAGAAAUAACCCAAUUGAAAAAAAUAAUAAUCAAAUACGAGAAAAAAAUCAGAGAAUUUGAGAAAAGUGAUACAGGCGAUAUGAAACUGUGUCCCUCCUUGAACAACAGAGAAAAGAAGAUAGUUCAACAACUGAUGACAAAGUUCAACUCCAGAAUGGAGAGAAAAAGUAGAAGUGCUUCGAGGGAACCUAAACUAGAACCCGGAGGCAAACUUGCACCAGGAAGAAAAUUUUGCCGAUGUAUAAAUAGAUGUUCGAACCAUCUAGACGUAGAAGAAGAGAUCCGAGGUAGAGUCCGAUGUUUGAAACCAAGAAAUGGCGAUAGAAUUAAUUCAAAUGCAAGUAAAUUGGAAAAAAAUCCAGACGCAGCAAUCAUGAUGAUGGAUUAUUUAUUUGAAACUGAAUCUAAUAACGGAUUUUAAUGUAACUUUGUGGGCCACAAAGUAGACACAAGAUUAGGCCUGAAUUUCGCUUGAGUCUGUAUAUUUACUCAUAUCAAGAGUUUCUUGGAAUAGUAAAUAUUUACUUUAGUAGUA